AUGUCCAAAAUUUCAGUGGUCGCUAAUUCUCUGUUUGAGGGUGAUAUCAAGUUAUCCCCGUUUGAUCUGAGGUUUGUGGACACGCGAGAAGAGGGUGACGUUGAUGGGGAACUGGCGCCAAGUCGACAGAAAAGGAAUGCUAAUCGCAAUAGGAUGGUUCUAUGGCAAGACAAAGUUGUUCCUUAUAAGUUUGAUUCGAGUCUUCCAGGUGAGAGGAAAUCAGCAGCAUGUUUAAAGGUAUGAUUCUCACAACAGCACGGACCGUUAGUGGACAAAGUACAUGGAACCUUGACAAAAGUCAAAUGAAUACCUGCCUCGAGAAAGUUUAGAAGAAUAGAUUAAGGUUAUGACUGAAGCCCAAUCAGAUGAAAGGAAAUAGUCACUAGCAACCGGACAAACACGAAAUCUGCUUCAAGCGCGAAAACGCGAGUGAUCAAGUAGCAGUAGUCACGAUUGGUUUCAGUUUGAAUCUGAUCGGUCGAGAAAGUGCAUGGUGCAAGCUUUCUAAACCAAUCACACAGCGCAGUAAAUUAAAACGAAAGUAGCCCUGGAUCGCUUUCGACAUCCAAUUGAAAAGUUGGCUCGCCAUUAACCAGAAAUCUACACGUAUUGGCUUUAUCCUUUUGGCCACAAGUAAAAGUGUAGGAGGGAGUCUCAUUAACAGUUUGACCGCCACUCGUGUCUAGCAUCUAAUUUCUCCUUACAGUAUCAUCCCUUGAUCAAGCAUUAAGGUCAGGAGAAUAAGGGAAGUGAUCACCAACUAAAGAAGCUCUUGAUUAUUAAACAAAUUCUCCUUGUCAGUAGCUUAGGAAAUGAAUGGAGAACAGUAUCUAGAAUAUGCAUUUUGAUGUAAGGGUGUAAAGGGUUUACACGCAAAAAGAGCACGCCUCUCUACUUGCAUCUGGCGAAAUGGUAGAAAUUCUGUGGUUUUCUGAUGAAGGAAUAGUAAAGCAUUUUUUAUAUAUCUCUUUUACAGCUGAUUAUCAGAUUGCUGUACACGAAGCUAUGGAUGAAUUCCGCAAACACACUUGUUUAAAGUUUGUUGAGAGAACCAAGGAGCCAAACUGGCUGCUUUUUGUAAAAAAAGAUGGGUAAGCUGAUAAAAAUGGGCAAUGAAGAACUAAACUUUAGGAGUAGGUUUUGACCUUGUCAAUCGAGAGUGGGAUUUAGCCACGCAUUUUUAGUUUGCCAUCAGAACGACCUUCACAGAAAAUCGAAAUUUGACAGUAACUUCUGAAGAUAAACUGUGCGGGGGCUAUGGGAUAUGUUUACUGCUUUGGAAAACUCAUCUUGGGGAAUAGAUGUAUUAUGUUGCGUUUCAAUGUCAAAGCAGCUUGUCCGAUCACAAGAGGAAUGGAGGCGUUAUCCCAAGAGUGCUAUUCCAAGUAGUUAUACCAAGUAGAAAUUCAUUAAUCAAAUCAAAAAGUUCACCAUAGCAGUGACUUCCCGUAAAAGGUCAUUCAAACACUUCAGCAAGAAUAUUUCUGUAGUCAGGUUGACUGUCGAGGUAUCAAAAUUCGAUUCCAUCAAAAAUCUUUAACUUCAAGCUGAUAUUCUCAAUUUGAUAAUUAUUGACUUUGGCUAGCUCAGUAAGAGAGCUGUGUCUGUAAACUUCUUUUGCUAAGAAAAUAAUUGUCGAUGUUGCCUGAAACCUAAUUCAUAAAAAGAAAUUAACAGCAGGAAAAUAUUCUUUUUUUUUUUAGAUGCUGGUCUAGUGUAGGUAAAAAAUAUUGGAGAGUCAACUAUGGACAAGACGUUUCCUUGGGCAACGGUUGUAAUCACAAAGGGACCAUAAUGCAUGAAAUAAUGCACGCGGUUGGCUUUUGGCACGAGCAGUCGCGACCAGACAGAAAUCAGUAUGUCGAAGUGCUAUGGGAGAAUAUUGUGGAAGGUACGUUAUAAUAAUAUAUAAUGGUAAUAGGACCGAGUAGAGUCCAAUUCCGUCUGUAAUCAUACGAGUGAUUAACAAAAUAGGACGACCGCGAAGCGGAAGUCCGAUUUGUCAAUCACGAGUAUGAUUACAGACAGAAUUGGACGACACGAAGUCCUGUUAUUAAUUAAUCACAACUAUGACAAAAUUUGAGAAAGAAACUAGACAUCGGUUAUACGUUUUCACAAAAACAACAGUUAACUCGGCGAAAUGCGCGUCCUGUCCACUUACACAGGCACGACGUGUUAACUGUCCCUUUAACUGUCCUAUUACACUGUCCACUUACAGGCAUGACGCGAUGACGCGUACGCUGUCCUAUUAGUGCUCAAAUCGGGCUGGUGAUAACCAAUCACGUUCGAGAAUUCGUUAUAGUUUUGAUUAAUAUAUAAUCCUUUGUCUUUUGUCCUAAAGCCGAGCUUUAAAUAAUUAUAUCCGAAUUAUUUUCCUUCAAGUGAAUAAAAUCGUUUGUUACAGCUAAGUUUUUGUUCCGUUGGGGUUUUGAAUAGAAUGAUACCUGGGCGCACGUAGAUGUGGAGUUCCUCUUCGAGUGUUCGACUCGAUAGCCUGUAACCGGCUUUAAUUCAAACCCUUGUCGUUGCGUAAGGUUCGUUUUUUGAGAGUGUUCAAGCUAUGUAAUGAUGGGCCCAAAUCACUUGGUAUUUUCAGCAAGUUCUUUGACAAGACAGUGCAAGUUUUUUUUUUCCACUAAUCAGUAACAAUUGCAGAUACACCCUCAGACACACGACUGAAGCGUUGCUCUUUAAAUCUGUGUUUAACUGCAGGCGAGGCACACAACUUCAACAAAUACGAUCGCGGCAAGAUUGACACUCUUCAGGUACCAUACGAUUAUGACAGCAUUAUGCAUUACGGCACUAACGGCUUCUCCAAGAAUGGAAAACCUACCCUAAGGUCGAUCAGGGACCCUUCAAGAUCUCUUGGUCAGAGAAAUGGCUUCACGGCGUUAGACAUACAGGAAAUCAACGCCCUUUACGAAUGCGGCAGUAAGUCUCGUGAUCAGUUUUAAAUUUUUGAUGACGUCAGCUCAUCAUUGAUAAGUUUUGUAGCAUUGUCUCAUGGGCCUCCUGAAAAAGACCAACAGUUCCAGUAUGUUCCUUCAAUUAGAAAUGUUGAUGCUCUGGAGCGUUCGAUCAUUGCCCAGGGGCCAGCUUUUACUUGCGUUCUCUUUUUCGUUUGUUCAUUGGGGACGUUCAGCAACUUCGAGAUGUUAAUUCUCGUUGAUGUGGCCAUUUUGAUUUCACAAAUAGCAUCUUCUUUGAAAACGAAAACGAAAAGGAGAAAAAAAAUCUUCUUUGUUAGCGUAAUGUCAGGAAAACGACAGAAAUGACCAAUGUAUUUUAGACAUUGGUUCCUGAUCACACCGGUUGAUAAACAACAGAAACGACAUCAUAGCCCUACCGCAGUAGCACACGAGGAAGCAGCAAAGCAACUGUAACACAUUGGAUAUAUGUUUGUAGUUCGUGCGAAGUAGUAAUGGUGGGUAAUAUUUCUAAAUCCUUUUUUCAUUUUAGGUGGUAUAAGCUCAAGCAAGCCUGGAUGGAGUAGUUGGUCAGAAUAUGGACCUUGCAGUUCCAGAUGUAGAAAGACUCGUCAACGAUUCUGCGCUUCUGCAAACAAGGAUGUAGACUGUCCAGGCCAGUCAUAUGGAGUGGAAACAGAAGAGGUAGCCUGCACUGAUCAGGAAUGCAAAGGUGAGCGGGUAAUCAAGGGGUGUUGAUAUUAUUCUCUGCACCUUCAGUUCUGCGCAUCACAGUGUACAAAUGUGUAUUAUACAAUAAGGUAGUCUGCUAUGGAAGAUCCACUAAAGAUGGGUAAUUGGCUGUUUUUUUGCAGAGAUAGCCCCACUCUCCCCUUGACAUGUCUUUUUGCUUGUACUCGGUCACAUCCUGUCUCCUCCUGAUGCUGUAAAAUGUAAAAGAAAAAUUUGAUUUUGAUCUAACUGGGCAUGCGCCUUAUACAACAAAAAUUUAAUCCUGCGUUUUGAUCAAUACAGUACACUUAAUUUUUAAAACUGUACUUUCUGCUUCUUCUAUUCGUACCUUGAACCGAUGGAAUUAACACUUACUCUUUUUCUUUAAGUCGCACAGACCGUAGCCUCGUAACUCCCCGGACAACGUCAUCUUUGCUUAUUUACUGCAAAUUUCGAAAUAUUAUAACGGAGGAACGAUCAAGUGAAAAGAAAAUCUUAUAUGAAAUUCUGUUCAUAAGAAAUCACCUUAAUCACCUUUGGCAAAUAACGAUCAAUUGUCACCAUAAUAUCUCAAAAAUUAUGCAAUUUAAUGCACAUUACAGCCCCUAUAGAUGGUCACUGGGGACGCUGGUCAGCAUGGAGUACUUGCAGCAAGACCUGUGGAAAUGGGACUAAAGUUAGAUCUCGCCAAUGUGAUGAUCCGACCCCGGCUAAUUCUGGAAAACUCUGCUCUGGAGAUGAUAAACAACAGGCAGCUUGUAUAAAAGGAAGGUGCGGCUUAGGUGAGUAGUACCAGACUCUUCUUGUACUUUACAUACCACAAGGGAAUGGGGCUGACCUUGGACGAAAACUUGCUAUUUACAGAGUCUAGGUCUUACAAGAAAAACUAGUAAGCAUCCAGUGAAAAGUGAGCAAUUGUCUUUCCUGUUGAACAGGCCCUCAUGAUUGUGACUUUGACUUCGAAGAGGAUGGAUUCUGCCGUUGGUCCAACGUCCAAGUUUACAGCAGUGACCGAUUUAAGUGGCAGCGAGGGUCUGGUGCAACACCCAGUAGCAGCACUGGGCCUUCCGCAGACCACACGACAGGCGCAGGUACGAAUAUCUUAUCCAUGUAAGUAUCUAUGUUAAAUAUGAAUAGCGUUGUGUAUACGUCAUAUUUACCGCACCCCAGGCAGCUAUCUCUACGUCGAGGCUUCUAGUCCUGCUCAGGAGGGUGAUCAGGCUAGGCUACUCAGUGAGCAAUUCCCAGCGACCCAAGGCCGGUGCUUAUCAUUUUGGUACCACAUGUACGGCUCAUCAACCGGGACCCUAAAUGUUCUCAUCUUGGACAAGGACGGCACGUCAAAUCUUGCUUGGUCCAAGUCCGGUGACCAGGGAGAUCAGUGGAGAGAAGCUAAGUUGACACUUGAAAGCAAAGUGGAAUUUAAGGUAAGAUAAUGUAUUUCUCGGCCACUCGCGAGGUAAUCGCUAUACCCACAAUGCUUUGCCAAUCAGCAUAUUUUCAAUCAUAUCAAAUAUCAAGACGAGUUUGCAAUCUUACGAAGAUCUUUAAAUAAAGAGUUCGUCAACACUUCCACGGUUUCACCGCACCUUUAACACCCAUGAGUAACCAACAGAGAAUUUCUUCUUACGAUAUCAAUGAAUAUCAAGCAGACAAAGUGAUGGGAAUAGAGAAAAAAUCUUUUAGGGGAUUAUUUUAUCCAAUAUCAAAUUCUCCGAUUUAACAUUGUAAGAAUUGUAUGGCAGACAGUAAGGAGAACUGCAAAUGAGAUCUUGGGAGUAGAAGGGUGUAAAAGGAACACUUUCAUCGUUUUGAAUGAUUUCCCAGGUUGCCAUCGAAGCCAUCAGAGGAAAUAGCUUUCGAGGUGAUAUUGGACUCGAUGAUAUUCGUUUGACUGAGGGGCCAUGCAGUAAGUUUCAUACUAGUUUAUGUUUUCAUAUUUUCUUGUUGACAGGUUCUGUUGUACCCAUAGGAAACUUAAAUGAUUGGCAGUUUUCAUUUUGUUUCAAUGGCACCUCGUGAUCAAGUUAUCUUUAAUCUCCUUACCUCAGUGGUUUAUGAAUUAGUUCUAGCACGCUUUUGUAAAUUUUAACAAGUGCUCAUGAUCACAUUCCAAGCUGUACUUGUUUUAUUAAAGCUAUUACGAUGCGUUCAAGUAUCUCCAUUAACUUUAGAAUUUGUUUGAAAGUUGUUACACUUACAAAGGUUUAGAAAGGUACAACCUCGCUUGGGGAGAUGGUUUUAAUGUAUCAAUAAGUUUUUCUCUCAUGAAAUUAAAUGCAGUGGACAGAUUUAGAGAAGAGGAGAUUUAAGGGUGAUCUAUCAUACUUUACAGUGGAAGAGGUUGGCUGCUUUAAAGAUAACACAAAGGAUCGAGUCUUUCCAACAAUGCUGAAAAACUUGCGGCCCGAGAUAGAUUGGUAUCAUUUGGAAAAAACCAUUCAGAAGUGUGCUUUACUGACCAAACAACACGGUUAUCAGGCAAGCUCCUCUUUAUAUUGUGAAUGUUCAUUUUGCUGCCUAAGGCUUAGUUGCCCAAUUCAAGUUUUCAAAUGAUGCCGCCUGUAAAUUAGGUUUCCUUGAAUUUGUAGGUGAUUUAUGCUGGCUGGAGGUCCGUAAGAGAAAAACAGCACCCGAGGUAUUGAAUACCGUCCGAGGCAAUGGCCGAGGACCGUAUUCAAUUUUUUUCCAUACGGACCGGCCCAGACCGGUAAACAAUUUAAUUUUUUUUUUUUCUGCUGAUUUGAUUUUUUUCGAACUGUGUUCCGUAUUGUAAAAGGCUGGAUCGGUAGCAAGCGUGCGAUUCGUUAACCGGAUUCAAGGCCUGAUGAGAUGUUUAAAAAAAAAAAUUAAUAACAUACCCUCUUGUUAAUUUUUUCCGGCUUCUACCUCCUCGCUAUGUUAAACAUGUUUUCCUUUAAGUGAAGGUCUGUACAAUUUUUCCCUUUUCAGGUUUUCGCUAUUCAGUUUUACGCGGAAUGUUGGAGUGGAGAUAUAUCCAAGGUGAAAUAUGAUCGUUGGGGUGCAGCUGACAAAUCCAAAUGCCCAUUUGGAGUUGGAGCAGCGAGAAUUAAUGCCGUUUACAGACUUCUGUCUUAA